AUGUCGACAUCGUCCAACAAUCACAUCAUCCAACACCAUCCAACGAUAUCCCAAGCCGCACAAGUUCCAAACGCCGGAAAUAAUGUCGCGUCGCAGGCCAAACAGCUUAUGGUCGUGCUGCAGAGUGGAUCGUAUAAGGUUCUAUCACUUGGCGCCGAUGUACUGCCAGAGUACAAACUGCAGCAGGCUCGGGUACACCACUGCACAAUUGUACAUUAUAGCCCGUUCAAAGCAGUGUGGGAUUGGAUAAUUCUGUUGCUCGUCAUCUACACGGCCAUCUUCACACCGUACGUCGCCGCGUUUCUCCUUCGUGAACUGCAGGACACGACGAAGAAGUCGCGAUUUACGGAACCGUUGGAGAUUGUCGACCUGAUUGUUGAUAUCAUGUUUAUUGUUGAUAUUAUUAUUAAUUUUCGCACCACCUAUGUCAAUGAGAAUGAGGAGGUAAGAGUAUUUUGGAACUUGACACCCUUGGUCGUUUCUCAUCCGGGAAAAAUUGCGACGCACUACUUCAAAGGAUGGUUCAUCAUUGAUAUGGUCGCCGCAGUGCCGUUUGAUUUGCUACUCGUCAGCACCAACAGUGAUGAGACAACAACACUAAUCGGGUUGCUGAAAACUGCUCGCUUAUUACGAUUGGUACGGGUCGCGAGAAAACUGGAUAGGUAUUCUGAAUACGGUGCCGCCGUUCUUCUACUUCUCAUGGCGACGUUCGCAUUGAUAGCACAUUGGUUGGCGUGUAUAUGGUAUGCAAUUGGUAGUGCAGAAUUAUCACACAAAGAGUACACAUGGCUGCAUCAGCUUUCUAAACAAGUAACCCAACCCUAUACAUCAACAAAUGGAACAGUACCCACCGGAGGUCCGACGUUAAAAUCUCGAUAUGUCACAUCCUUAUACUUCACACUAUCCACAAUCACAUCCAUCGGUUUUGGUAAUGUAUCGGCGACGACAGACUCUGAAAAGAUAUUCACAAUUAUAAUGAUGAUAUUGGGAUCUUUGAUGUAUGCGUCGGUGUUCGGAAAUGUGUCUGCGAUCAUUCAAAGGUUGUACUCUGGAACUGCACGAUACCAUACAGAAAUGUCGAGGCUCAGAGAGUUUAUCAGAUUUCAUCAGAUUCCCAACCCUCUACGACAACGGCUCGAGGACUAUUUCCAACACGCGUGGGCUUAUACCAACGGAAUCGAUAUGAAUCUGGUGCUGAAGGGGUUUCCCGACUGUCUGCAGGCUGAUAUUUGUUUACAUUUGAAUCGAAAUCUGUUGAGCGGCUGUGCAGCGUUCGCAGGGAGUACGCCUGGGUGUUUGAGAGCGUUGUCGAUGAGGUUUCGCACCACACACUCACCGCCUGGAGACACCCUCGUACAUCGUGGCGACAUUCUAACCGGCCUCUAUUUCAUCGCUCGAGGCAGUGUCGAGAUUCUGAACGAUGACAACAAUGUGAUGGGCGUGCUCGGCAAGGACGACAUCUUCGGAGAGAAUCCGCUUCUCUAUGAUGAAGUGGGCAAGUCGUCGUGCAAUGUGAGAGCGCUCACCAAUUGUGAUCUUCAUAAGAUAUUGAGAGACGACCUCCUCGACGUGCUCGACAUGUAUCCAGAAUUUGCGGAAACGUUCUGCAAAAACCUCACCAUCACCUACAACCUCCGCGAUGAUGCUCAGAGCUUACGAAAAAAGUUCGACCGCCAUAAACUGCUCAGAAUGUCGUCGUCGUUGAACAAAGACAGGCAUACAACACCACCGGAUGGUGAGAGUAGGACAACUGGAGCGGUGAGACGAAGUGCCGAGUCGGUGUCAAGAUGCGACUCGAAUCCUAUCGAUAGGAGGCAAAGUGCCGGAUCUAGGAGCUCAUCGCGAUGCUCACCCCCACACGCUGCUCUGACCGCAACCCGAUCGGAAGCCACUCCGCUACUGCGUCGACCCGUCGUCCAGCACGAAGAAGACGACGCGCUUUUCGAUGAUAUUCGAGCAUUCGCCCGCGGGAAUACGGUUACGGUAUCGCCGACUGUCGCCGGAAAUCAUUCAGUGUCACCGACGACGGCAAUCCAUAAUAUGGAUGGAACACAAUCGCAACAGUUGAGCGACCGAUCAAACGAAUAUGAAGAUCGAAGGACGUCGUACAUGUUCACGAGGAGGCUUGAAAAUAUCGAGAGCCAAAUCGAGCGAAUGCAAAACAAGUUCAACAGCGACAUGGAGACACUCAUCAAGCUGGUAAAAGAUCAGGCAAUGGCUCGAAACAACGGAUCAUCGAAUGAAGGCGACGUCCAAUAUCCACGUCAUCGGCCAAACAACUACAUCUCCUCAGCAAUUCGUCUUCCGAAUGGUGGUGGUGGUGGAGUCGUCGAAGAUAUGAGAGUAUCCAGAUUAUCUUCCCACGAACCUCCGACGCCUACUCAGGAAUCCGACACGAUUUUGUGA